ACCCUAAAUAUAUAAACUCAUCACUCAAUUUUCGCAUCCCUUCACCUCGUCUUUGUAGCCUCUCUCCCUCUCUCUAAGAUUUAAAAAGAGCUUUUGCUUUUCUUAGUUUCCAAGGCAAUUCAACAUGUCUGGUGAUGAAGCUGCUGCUGCUCCUGCUGUUGUUCCUCCGGUUGCUGAGGCAGCUGCCAUUCCAGAGGACAUGGAUCUGUUGACUGCAUUGGAGUUGACGCUAAGGAAAGCUCGUGCUCACGGUGGUGUCGUUCGUGGUCUCCAUGCAAGCGCUAAGCUUAUUGAGAAGCGUUCUGCUCAUCUCUGUGUCUUGGCUGAAGAUUGCAACCAGCCUGAUUACGUGAAGCUGGUUAAAGCUCUUUGCGCUGAUCACAGCAUCAACUUGCUCACUGUUCCAAGUGCUAAAACCCUCGGUGAAUGGGCUGGUCUUUGUAAGAUUGAUUCAGAGGGCAAUGCAAGGAAGGUUGUUGGAUGCUCGUGCCUUGUAGUCAAGGAUUACGGUGAGGAGACAACAGCACUCAACAUCGUCAAGAAGCAUAUUGAAUCUAACUAAUCAAGCAAAGUCAGAUUUCAUAAUGUUUUCAUUCCCAAAAGAAACACAUUUUGUUUUUCUUGUCACCACUUUCUUUUUCUCUUGUCUCCGUUGUUUCUGAUAUUGAAUACAGUACUUUGUAGUAGACAGGUCUUGUUGAGAUUUGUUUGGAAAUUGCAAUUUUUGAUGUUAACUUGCCUGCUCUCCUACCUUCAUUCAAUACGCUCAUUAUUGAAUUGAGAAUCAG